AUGUCGGCCGCCAACCCGCCCCGCCCGUCGCGCAGCCUCAAAGGCAAGGUGGCGAUUGUCACGGGCGCCGGCAGCCGCGGCGAGACGAUCGGCAACGGGCGCGCCAUCGCGCUCCUGCUCGCCGAGGACGGGGCCAAGGUGGUCUGCGUGGACCGCGAGGAGGCGCUCGCGCAGCGGACGGCGGAGCUGGUGCUCGCGGAGAACGAGGGGGCGUCGGCGCUGGCGGUGGCGGCGGACGUGUCGUCGGCCGAGGAGUGCGCGCGGGUCGUGGACGCGGCGCUGCGCGUGUUUGGCCGGGUGGACGUGCUGGUGAACGGCGUCGGGGUGCUGGGGCCCCCGGGCACGGCGGUCGACGUGGAUGCCGCGCGGUGGGCGAGGGGCCUCGAGGUCAAUGUCACGAGCAUGAUGCUCAUGGCUAAGUAUGCGGUGCCGGCGAUGCGGGAUAAUGAGCCUGAGGCCGGCGUGCGCGGGAGCAUUGUGAAUCUGGGGUCGGUGGCGGGCCUGCGUGGUGGCACGCCGAGUCUGUUGUAUCCGACGAGUAAGGGCGCCGUGGUGAAUAUGACGAGGGCUAUGGCGGCGCACCAUGCUAAGGAUGGGGUGAGGGUGAAUUGCGUUUGUCCUGGGAUGUUGUAUACGCCCAUGGUGUAUGAUGCCGAGGGGGGCAUGUCGGCAGAGGUGAGGGAGGCGAGGAGGCGGAGGAGUCUGUUGCAGACCGAGGGGAAUGCGUGGGAUUGUGCUGGACCGGUGCGGUUUCUGGCCGGUGGUGAGGCGAGGUGGAUUACGGGGACGGUUUUGACGGUCGAUGCUGGGGCGACUUGUGCUUUGGCUGUGAGCAUGCCUGAUGGCGAGUAG